CAUGGCAACGUCGCAAAUCCACGCCCCCUUGAUCCAUGCUUGCGAUCGCCUGACAGGAAGGCGCUUCCAUGUAGGGAAGGAGGGGGCAAGGAGGAGGGAGGGAGGCGGGAAGGAAGGAAGGAAGGCAAGGCAGAGCGGGACGGACGCGGAAGCGUGGGGGCCGCCGCCUGUUGCCCCCGCGCGCGGCACUCCCGCGCACGCGCCCUCCGCGCGGCCCUCUUCGAGGGGCCCGCGCCGCGCGCGCGCCCGGGAGGGGCGCCCGCCAGUGGCCGGCCUGGGCCUGCCGCCCCGGCCGGCGGGGCUUGUGUCUGUGUGUUGUUUCCCCUCCUGACUUACGCAGGCACCCCAAUGCGCGAGUGCCUGGGAAAGCACAAAAGGCAGUGCGUGCCAAGGGCACUGCCGCCGAAGGACCCCCUAUCGGCGCGCUGCGGCGGAAGAGGCACCGCUCCUCCGGGCGAGCACGGAGGAGCCACACGCCGACGGACUCCCGUGGGGCAGCGCGUCCUUGGCACGACUCCUUUCCCGAGUGUCGACGCCGUCGACCCGCGUGCGUUCGCCUCGCUCGUGCCGCGGCCCGAGGCCCGCGACGGCGGAUGUCCGGAGCUGGCCCUGCGAGUACCUUUGCCUGCAGGGCUCGCACCUUGCGGCACGACAACUAGCUACGCCGGCAGCAGCAACACCAACAACACUAGAGAUCAAGAGCGACCGCUCGUCGCUGAUCGCGUAUCGCUCGGCAUAUACACCCCAACCCAUCGACCCCUCGGCGGUGGACAAACCUCCCUUUCGUA